AUGGCAAAGACCAGGAGAACACACACUGAAGACCACCGAUCCGAAGACGAGCACCAAUCCGAAGCGAACAAUGCCGAGACGGUUGACGAGACCAACAUGGCCGAGAUGGUACAACAAUUGAAGGAGGAAAUGGCCGCCAUGAAGCAGCAACGACAGAGAGACGCUCGCGAGAUGGCCGCCUUGAGGGAAGAGAAUGCCGCCCUGAAAAAUCAAAACAAAGAUCUCACGUGGAAACCCUCCGAGACGACUCACACCCAGGGGUCGUUCCACUCGCUCGGACAUCAUACUUCUCUCCAUCACGCUUCCACUGUCGCCCCGGGGAACCACGCCUCGGCUGCCCAGGUAACCGGCCGACCUGCGUACGCCACGCUGACCGGAGCACACCGACACCCUUUCACCCCCAACAUCAUGCAAUCCUCCCUCCUCGACCACUGGAAGUCCCUCCCGUUAGAUAAGUAUGACGGAACCACCGAUCCCGACGAGCAUGUUGACAUUUUCCUGACUCAAGUCACCCUCAGCACUACCGACGACGCCGCCUUGUGCCGAAUUUUUCCAACAUCGUUGAAAGGUCGAGCACUGAGUUGGUUCACAAGGCUCCUGGCUAACUCAGUUGACUCCUUUAACACGUUGGCAUCUCAAUUUACUAUCCAAUUUGCUACGAGCCGACCACACCAGCUCACUUCUUUGGCUUUGGUAAGCAUUUGGCAAGAAAAGAAAGAGUCCCUUCGAACAUUCAUGAGCCGAUUCAACAAGGCAACACUCAAAAUCCAAGACCUGAAUCCCGCGGUGGCUCUCCACCAUCUCACCACCACCCUGAAACCAGGACCCUUUGCCAACAGCAUUUGCAAGAAACCACCAACUGACAUGGAUGACUUGCGUCGGCGCGCCGACAAAUACAUGCAGAUGGAAGAACUAGCUGAGUUUCGUUACCAAGCAAGGGCGGAGAUAACUAUCAAAACCGAUAAGCCAACUGAGAGCAACUAG